AUGUCAGAAAUAAAAAAUUUCACAAUUGGUGUCAUAGGUGCACACGGAAGAACAGGCUCAUUAACUUUAAAAACCUUACAAAAACAUGGAUUUAAGAAAAUUAUAGCAUUUACAAGAAAUAUUAUUGAUACUAAAAAUAACAUAUCAUAUGAUCCUACUGUUGUUGAACAAAUUCAUUUAGAUUUAAUUAACUUCUCUGUGCUUGAAUUAGUUGAAUUGUUUAAAAAGGUUGAUAUAAUUAUCUUUGUUGCAGGAUCUGGCCAUCAAAGUCUACGAGAAUUAUUUACUGUUGAUAUUGAUGGUGUCUCUAAAUGUGUAGAGGCAUCCGAGAUAGCAAAUAUUCAAAGAUUUAUAUUGAUUUCAGUUAUUAAUGUAGAAGAAAGAGACUUUUGGUGGUCAUUAGAAGGUAAUUUAAGAGACUAUUUUAUAGCUAAAAGAUGUGCAGACCGUAAGGUCAGAAAUUCAAAAUUAAAGUGGACAAUUCUACAACCAGGAUGGUUGACAGCUAAUAAUAAACCAACAGGAAAGAUUCAACCAGUUGAAAGGAUUGAAGAACAAAAAACUAAUGGAUAUACAAUUGAGAGGGAAGAUCUAGCUGAAGUUAUUGUUUCAUGUAUUUUAAAUCCAACAACUACAUGUAUGAGGAGUAUACCAUUGUCAAAUGGUGAUACUAAAAUUGAAGAGGUACUCAAAAAUUUGCAUUAG